UGUCAUUCGACUGUCAUGUGUGAAAUUUGUGUUCUCAUCGUCUUCGGUUUAUGCAGUUUCAUCUUGCGGCUUCUAUAAAUCGACCAAAAUAAGUACAAAACUAGAUUUUUGUUCGACAGUUUGUGAUAUUUCAUUAAGAUGAGCUCUAUUGGAACUGGUUAUGAUCUAUCGGCAUCUCAGUUCUCGCCUGAUGGAAGAGUCUUCCAGAUUGAGUAUGCAGCAAAAUCAGUUGAAAAUAGCGGUACCGUUAUUGGUCUGCGCGGAAAGGAUGGUGUUGUUUUGGCCGUAGAAAAGCUAAUAACCAGCAAAUUGUACGAGCCGGAUUCUGGAACUCGAAUUUUUACCAUCGAAACCUCUAUCGGAAUGGCCAUUAGCGGAAUGAUUGCCGAUGGGCGUGCUGUAGUGGACAUUGCACGACAGGAAGCCUCCAACUAUCGGCAGCAGUACGACAGACCGAUUCCGCUCAGACAACUUAACGAUCGUUUGUCGAGUUAUUUCCAUGCAUACACUCUGUAUAGUGCUGUGCGUCCUUUUGGAGUUAGCGUGAUACUUGCUUCGUGGUCGGAAGAAACAGGUCCGGAAAUGUACAUGAUUGAUCCCUCUGGGUUUUCUUGCGGCUAUUUUGGAUGUGCAGUUGGCAAAGCAAAGCAGACAGCGAAAACAGAGAUUGAGAAGCUAAAAUUGUCGGAUAUGUCUGUGAAUGAUUUAAUCACCACUGCUGGAAAAAUUAUUUAUCAAGUGCACGAUGAACUCAAGGACAAGGAUUUCAAACUGGAACUCAGUUGGGUUUGUCAGGCAUCGGAAGGUCGUCACCAAGUGGUACCGAACGAAAUGUACGUAGCUGCUACCCGAGCGGGACAGGAAGCAGUCGAUGAGGACGACAGUGAUAACGAUAUUUAGAUUAACAUUUUUGUAUGGCCGCGGACGUGGAUGUAUUGUAAGUUUGGCUAAGGAUUGGCCUUUUUGAUACAAUAAAAAUGAUGAAAUA